UAUACGAGUAAAUGAGUAACCAACUGCAGGUUAGUGUAGUUCGACAUGGUUGCGAAGCAAUUUUACUUUCUCUGUGCGUUGCUCUGCCUAGUGACGGCGAAGAAGAUGCCCGCUCACUUUGUGGACACUUGGAACACAAUGGUGGCGCCAUUCCGCCGUGAAUGUGCAGUUGACUUGGAUAUUGACAUAGAGACGGCGAAGAACUUGUUUGCCACGGCCCAUUUGAUUAAUGAUAGGAACUACCACUGCUACGCGAGGUGCAUUUACACUAAAUUGAAGAUGAUAUCGUUAGAGGGCGUUUUUAAUCCCAAGGUCAUCGUGGAAAAAAUACCAUUCUUUUCCAAGGCACUGAUUGCAAAGUGCAUAGCCGCUACGGAAGAUGAAUAUGAUACCUGUACGAAAUCCUAUAUUAUAUCAAAAUGUAUUAUAAAGCACGUAGCUGUAGAUUGAUAAAUUUCCCAUUCGUUAUUUACACACAAAUGAAUAGAAAGUGUGGAAUUGAC